CUCCUGGUCCCGAACUUUGGAUUUGAACUGAGACAGCGCAGACAGACGGACUGAAGGAGAGAGUUUGUACCCAGAGACUGUGGACCCUCUCCUUCUCCUUCUUCUUCUUCUCCCAAACUUUCCAGGGUAACGCUCCGUGAACAUGGGAGACUGGAGUGCUCUGGGUCGUCUGUUGGACAAAGUCCAGGCGUACUCCACGGCGGGAGGAAAGGUGUGGUUGUCAGUGCUCUUCAUCUUCAGGAUCCUGGUCCUGGGCACAGCAGUGGAGUCAGCUUGGGGAGACGAGCAGUCUGCCUUCAAAUGUAACACGCAGCAACCCGGUUGUGAGAACGUCUGCUACGACAAAUCCUUCCCCAUCUCUCAUGUCCGCUUCUGGGUGCUGCAGAUCAUCUUUGUGUCUACGCCCACGCUGCUCUACCUUGCUCACGUCUUCUACCUGAACAGGAAGGAGCAGAAGUUCAAUAGGAAGGAGGAGGAGCUCAAAGCCGUUCAGAAUGACGGCGGCGAUGUGGAGAUCCCGUUGAAGAAGCUGGAGAUGAAAAAGUUAAAGUACGGCAUUGAGGAGCAUGGUAAAGUGAAGAUGAAGGGUGCUCUGCUGAGAACGUACAUUGUCAGCAUCUUCUUCAAGUCCAUCUUCGAGGUGGGCUUCCUGGUCAUUCAGUGGUACAUGUACGGCUUCAGCUUGUCUGCUGUUUACACAUGCGAGCGGGCGCCGUGUCCCCAUAGAGUGGACUGUUUCCUGUCUCGGCCCACUGAGAAGACAGUCUUCAUCAUCUUCAUGCUGGUGGUGUCUCUGGUGUCUCUGCUGCUCAAUGUCAUCGAGCUCUUCUACGUCUUCUUCAAGAGGAUCAAGGACCGUGUCAAGGGCAAACAGCAGCCCACACUUUACCCCGGAGGAGGCACGUUAAAUGCCACCCCUAAAGAUCUGUCUGCUGCCAAGUACGCCUACUACAAUGGCUGCUCCUCCCCUACUGCCCCGCUCUCACCCAUGUCACCCCCAGGCUACAAGCUAGCGACGGGGGAGCGGGGAACCGGCUCAUGUCGUAACUACAACAAGCAGGCCAACGAGCAGAACUGGGCCAACUACUCCACGGAGCAGAACCGUCUGGGCCAGAACGGUGGCGGAAGCACCAUUUCAAACUCCCACGCACAGGCCUUCGACUUCCCCGACGACACGGUCGAGCACAAGAAACUGUCGUCGGCAGGACACGAGCUGCAACCGCUGGCGCUGAUGGACGCUCGCCCCUGCAGCCGGGCCAGCAGUCGCAUGAGCAGCCGGGCUCGACCGGACGACCUAGACGUGUGAGCCCCUCGAGGCUUCUUCGUCUUCGCCCGGAGAAUCAAACAGUUGUUGAAUGGGCGAGGCUAACCUCGAUCACUGUCGUCAGCGUAGAGACUCUUAGUCGAUCAGAGAGACAUUAAAACUUGUAUGUAACACUGUCAAAGGUACAAGCUGCAGAUAUUUGUUCCAUGACUUUCAGUGUAACGUUUAGUGGAGCUAACAGCUUUAAGAGAACUCACAGAUACGGAGGGAGGAGCUAUUAUACCCAGCAGACAACUCAACAACACGACUGUCUGCUUUAGAAUCAUUUAGGAAAGGUUUGAUCAGAGAAAAAGUCUCUCCUCCUCCUGUUCUCUUAGUUUUUAUGCCUGCACCUCUGGGAAACAUCUGACUGUCAUUGCUUCCAUCUGGAGCUGUGGCAGUCCAACAGGGCCUUCUUACCUGAGUCUACUCCUAAACCCACAGCUGGCUACACCCUAGACCUGACAAAAACCCGAGCCCUGAUUUACCCCGAACAGUCAGUUCGAGGGCUGAUUUACCCCCAACAGUCAACUCAAGUUCUGAUUUGCCCCCAAAAUAUCCCUUCAAGGCCUGAUCCAUGGCUGUCAAGUGUCAAUUUGACUAUUGUACUUCCACUGAUGAAGGUGGAACCCCUGGAGGAGAAUAAGAGACACUGAAAAACAUACAUUUUGAAAAUCAACUUUUUUUUGCUAAUACAGAGUAAAAAGGAUGAAUUCUGAGUUUGAUCUCAGAUUUCUGACUUAAAUCUAAGAUUUUGACCUUGAUCUAAGAUUUCUGACUUUAAUCUCAGAUUUCUGACUUUGAUCUCAGAUUUCUGGGUUUGAUCUCAGAUUUCUGGGUUUGAUCUCAGAUUUCUGACUUAAAUCUAAGAUUUUGACCUUGAUCUAAGAUUUCUGACUUUAAUCUCAGAUUUCUGACUUUGAUCUCAGAUUUCUGACUUUAAUCUCAGAUUUCUGGGUUUGAUCUCAGAUUUCUGACUUUGAUCUCAGAUUUCUGACUUUAAUCUCUGAUUUCUGGCUUUGAUCUCAGAUUUCUAACUUUGAUCUCAGAUAUCUGAUUUUAAUCCCAGAUUUUGGACCUUUGGAUCUAAGAUUUCUGACUUUAAGUUCGGAUUCCUGGCUUUGAUCUUAGAUUUUUGACUUGAAUCUCAGUUUUCAGACCUUUUUUUUUUGGUUUUGUUUUUUUUUUUUUCAGAUUUCUGACUUUAAUCUCAGAUUUUGGAUCUUGAUAUCAGAUUUUGCCUUUAAUCUCAUAUUUGGGACUUUGAUCUCAGAUUUCUGACUUUGAUCUUAGAUUUUGGACUUUACUCUCAGAUUUUGGACCUUGAUUUCAGAUUUCUGACUUUAAUCUCAGAUUACUGGCUUUGAUCUCAGAUUUUUGACUUUAAUCUCAGAUUCUGGACCUUGUUCUCAGAUGUUGGACCUUUGGAUCUCAGAUUUCUGACUUUAAUCUCAGAUUCUGGACCUUGUUCUCAGAUGUUGGACCUUUGGAUCUCAGAUUUCUGACUUUAAUCUCAGAUUUUGUACCUUCAUCUCAGAUUUCUGACUUUAAUCUCAGAUUUUGGACCUUGUUCUCAGGUUUUGAACCUUUGGAUCUCAGAUUUCUGACUUUAAUCUCAGAUUUUGUACCUUGAUCUCAGAUUUCUGACUUUAAUCUCAGAUUUUGGACCUUGUUCUCAGGUUUUGAACCUUUGGAUCUCAGAUUUCUGACUUUAAUCUCUAAUUUUUUUAUUUGAUCUCAGAUUUCUGAGUUGAAUCUCAGUUUUCAGACCUUUUUUCAGCUUUCUGACUUUAAUCUCAGAUUCUUGACCUUGAAAAUGACAAUUAGAAAAAUCAGAGGUCUCCAACCAAUGUCUUGUACUUCUGUGAAUGUCUGUGAGAUCUCGUCUUUGGAAUCUCCUCUGUGGAAUAAGCACAGUUACUGUGUGGUCUCACAGUUGGCUGAAUUAUCCAGUGUAUACAUUCAAAGGAUUAUAAUCUCAAAAAUCAUCUGAAAAUAGUCUCCUAUGUUUUUAAACAGAUUUGAGUCUUGUGUGUAGCCAGCCUGAGCAGAUCCAACGUGCCUUCUAGCCCAGUGCCUGAUGGGAUACGCUCCUCUGCCGUUACAGCAGACCAACGUGUUAAAAAAGCUACAGCAGAGACCGGAUGUGAUGGCUGCUGACUAAUCCCUGUGGGAGUAUGAUCUGGAUCAAAGUGUGCUCUCUGAGGAGAGCUUUUUCCACUGACAGGCUGUCACAGUUUCUACUGAAAAGGCAGAAACGUUGCUGCCUUUAACACCAGCAGCAGUCAGUAAGGAGUUUAUGCAGUCCUGGCUUUAGAAUUCCAUUUCUUCAUGUUUAUUUGACAUUAUAGUGCUUAAACUUUUUUCUGUUGCUCUAAGUCAUGAAGUAUGUUUUUGUUUGGACCCAAACAUUACCGACAGCAUGCAGAAGUUUGCCAGUAAUUUUUCAUAAGUGAAAAAUUAAAUGAUUGCAUCAUUUUAGCUCUGUUGGCAGAGCGGACCUCCAUGUAAAAUCACAGGUUUGAAUCUUGAUCCUGGAGCAUGUCCCCCCCUGCUCUCUCUCCCCAUACUCCCCAUCUCUCCUCAGCGGUUCUGUCCAAUAAAAAAAUAUUUUUUAAACAGGAAAUCAGUUAGGAUAGGGACUUCUGUUUUUAUAUCAGUACCAGCGUGAGCCUGUCGGAUAGAAAACAUCAACUUUCAUCAGGCCAGCAUUGAUCCAUGAAGAUUAUGAUGCAGACAUCACGGCCUGUUGAACUGUAGUACGAUGCUACGGGGGGCGUUCAGGAACUUCAUGCACCUUUGAGUCAUCUAGAUCACAAAUGAGGAAUGAAUAGGACCCAGGAUGAAACGUAUAAGAGCUGAAUUUUAAAAUAGCAUUCAUCUCAUGGAUUGAACUGGUAAAAAAAACAUCUUAAAAGUCAAAUUAACCUGUGCUGUCUGGAUAGAGUCAGGCCUAACAUGUAGUUUGUACAUUCCUUUAAAUUUUCACAUCUCUGUAAACUAAUACUACAGUGACACUACGGGUCAACACUUCAUGAAAAACAAAAAACAUUUCACUACAUGCAAAAAUGUUUUGUAACACCAACUACAACAAAAAAUGAAACUCUAAAAAACUCUUUUUCACAUCCUGUGAAGAAAGCCAAAAUAAAAGCCAGCAAUCUGAGAUCAAGGUCAGAAUUAUAAGAUCAAAGUGAGAAUUCUGAGAUCAAAGUAAGAAUUCUAAGAUCAAAGUCAGGAUUCUAAAUAUCAAAGUCAGAAUUCUGAGAUUAAAGUCAGAUCUAAGAUCAACAUCAGAGUUCUAAGAUAAAAGUCAGAAUUACCAGAUCAAAGUCAGAAUUCUAAGAUCAAAGUCAGUUCUAAGAUCAAAGUCAGAAUUCUAAGAUCAAAAUCAGGAUUCUAAGAUCAAAGUCAGAAUUCUCAGAUCAAAGUCAGAAUUCUCAGAUCAAAGUCAGAAUUCAGAGAUCAACUUCAGAAAUAUGAUAUCAAUGUCAAAAUUCUAAGAUCAAAGUCAGAAUUAUUAGAUCAAAGUCAGAAUUAUGAGACUAAAGUCAGAGUUCUGAGAACAGUGACAUAAAAAUCAGAAUUUCAUUAUUCUAAGAUCAAAGUCAGAAUUCAUAAAAACAAAGUCAGGAAUCAUAGAACAAAGUCUGAACCCUAAAACAAAAAAACAGAAUUCUGACUUUUCCUAGAAUAGAAAAAAAAUAAAAUAAAAAAAUAAAAAAUCCAGUGUCCUUAACCCUCUUUUGUUAAUACUGCUGUUUAAUCACUUUCAUACAUAUAUUUUUAUAUAAUAUUUUUUUUUUGCAGCUAGUGAAAUGUUUUUGCCACUGACCUUUAGGGCCACCGUAGCUCCCAGCUCUCUGUUUUUUCUUGGUCCCAGCAGAGACGGGCUGACGUAACGCUGGAUGGUUAUUGGCUGUAACAGUUGAAUAUUUAUAGCUUGGCCUUCGUGGAGAAGUACCACUAAUAGAAAGAUGAGACUACUGUCCAGUAAAACCAUCACAAACGCCCCACCAACUGUAUAUUUAUUAUCAGUUUUUCUGAAGGCAGUGAGGACUGUUGUUUCCUGGUAAACUUUGAAUUUAUGUGCUGUAAUGUUUCAUUUCUUGUGUUUUUUUUUUUAUUUGGAGGGGAGGGAUGUCUGUAGAGAAAGGCUUUAUUACUGUCAUUGAUCGGACAAGUGUGAGCUCCGAAACUUGUCGAAAAGAAGCAGCAGAAUGAUUUUUUUUUCAUAUUUGAGUGAAUGAUUUUUGUAGGAUGUUUCUCGGACUCGAUGUAACCGUUGCUGCUUGAGAAAUAGAUAUUUAGUACUGUAAAUCAAGCUAACUGUGUCACGAUGAAAAUGUGAGUUUUUAGAAGACUGCGUAGAGAUCUGGACUAAUAUUUAGUCGGUUAUAUUAAUGCCACUGUAGCUCCACAAAUACCAAACUUUAGGAUAAAUCUCAAUCUGGGCUUUUUUUUCUUUUUAUUGUUCUGUAUUUUUUUAAAACUGUGCAUCACCUUGUCGGUACUUAGACGGAUCUUUCAGCUACGACGGCGUUUGCACUGAGAUCUCGGUGAUAGAGAUGUAAUAUGAUGUUACUAAUUUAUUUGAUAACACAGAAUCACUACAGUGCAGACUAUCGGACAUCACACAACUGGUUCAGAACAGACCAUGUCACCCAGCAGGAUCCACUGUUGUACAGUGCAUGAACAGCAAUCAGCAACUCAUUCUUUGUAUCUGUGAAAAGAUAUUUUAACCAAUAAAUAUUUCCUGUCCUAA